CCGAGCCCUGCAGUCAUCCCGGGGGCCCCUGUCUUCAUUCAGGGCUGGGCCUUCCCUCCGGCUAUGGCUCUGCCGCCCGGGGACACCUGCGGUGCAGACUAGCCUAUACUUAAACUCUAAUGUGCAAGCGGAAGGGCCAGUCGCUAUGACGGGCACUGACCACCAGGGGACAGACGCUCAAUGCGGGAGCUGCCCCCUGGUGGUCAGAGUGCUCCCCGCUCCGCCCCGCCCUAACCACGCCUUCCGGAUUGGUCCCCGCCCCGCCCAUCGUCCCCGCCCCCGUCCUGGCCACGCCUUCCGGAUUGGUCCCCCGCCUCGGCCACGCCCCCUUGCGUCACGCGGCCCAGCUACGCCUUCCCAGCUUGUUUCCGGUUUGAAAUUGAAGGCUCCUAGGCGGCGGGGCAGGUCCUCGGCAGGGACUCACGCGCGUUCCCCAGAAGGAAGGCUAACCCUCUCCACCGCUACCGGAGCCGUGGCGACCUCUCAGCCGGCACCCCACUCCCCCCGCCUCCGGGGGCGCCCCCGGGCGAGGCCGGUCGCCAGAAGAGGAAAUGCGAGUCGGCGGGGCAUGGCGGCUCUUUCGGACCUGCCGGACUCGGUGCUGUUGGAGAUCUUCUCUUACCUCCCGGUGCGGGACCGGGUUCGCCUCUCCAGGGUCUGUCACCGUUGGAGGAGGCUGGUGGACGACCGGUGGCUGUGGCGACACGUCGACCUGACCGUCUACCGGAUGCGGCCUAAAGUCAUGUGGCACCUCCUUCGCCGGUACAUGGCAUCCAGGCUCCAUUCCCUGCGGCUGUGUGGCUACCUGUCCGCAGGCUCCCAGGCUCCCCAGCUGUCCCCAGCCCUGAUGAGGGCCCUGGGCCAGAAAUGCCCCAACCUCCAGCGCCUCUGCCUGCACAGCGCUGAUCUGAGCAUGCUGCCGAUCACCAGCCUGCCUUGCACCCUGCGGACCCUGGAGCUGCACAGCUGUGAGAUUUCCAUGGCCUGGCUCCUCAAGGGGCAGGACCACACCGUGAUGCCCCUGCUCGAGUGCCUCGUGCUGGACCGCGUCCCUGCCUUUCGGGACGAGCACCUGCAGGGCCUGACGUGCUUCGGCGCCCUGCGCUCACUGGUGCUGGGCGGCACGUACCGGGUGACCGAGGCCGGGAUGGAUGCAAGCCUGCAGGAGCUGAGCUACCUGCAGAGGCUGGAGGUGCUGGGCUGUGUCCUCUCGGCCGACAACACCCUCCUGGCCAUCAGCCGCCACCUCCGUGAUGUGCGGAAGAUCCGGCUCACCAUCAUGGGCCUGUCAGCCAUCGGCCUGUCUGCCCUGGAGGGAAUGCCGGCGCUGGAGAGCCUGUGCCUGCAGGCCCCGCACGGCACCCUGGAAAAGCUCUCCCUGGCUGAAAUAAUCUCCUCCUGCAGCUGCAUGCCCAAGCUCAGGGUGCUCGAGCUGCAGGGGCUGGAGUGGGAGGGUCCCGAGGUGGAGAGGAUCCUGUGUGAGGGCCUGCCCCACUGUCUGGUCAUCAACAGGGCCUGUCCCAAGGAGUCUACGGACUGGUGGCUGUGACUCACCACCCGUCCCUAACCAUCUUAGUUUUCAUUAAUGAGCAAGCACCUUGCAGAGGGCAGGCAAUUAGGCUAGAUGCCCUGAAGGCCAAAGGUAGGGAGAAAUGAGGCCUUGGCACUGCUAGACAAUUGGAAUUGUUUGUCAGUUGUGUGGCUUCUGUGACAGCAGCCAGUCUGGUCCCCACAUCUGGAAAUGGGGAAGACCAUCGUUACCUCAUGCUUACGUUGCAAAGCCUUACACUUUACUGAGCCCCAGAGGUCUCCAACGAAGGGUCAUUCUCAGGGCGGUCCUCAGAAAUGGGAUGGGUGUACAAGAAUGUGGUCGGGAAUCGGGGGCCCUGAGGAGCCUGGAAGGACUGUCUACAUGUGCACCCCCCCCCCCCCCACCAUUAUACCUACAUGCGUGGAGAAAGUGCAGGUGUGACUUGUCUUUUGUGAUCAAAAUGUUAAAGAAGGUUCUAAACUGUAUUUUUCUAUAUUUUCAAGUUUUUCAUAAUCUAUAUUUUACUAUU